CUACAACUUUGGCUUCUUCUCCCCGUCUGUUCUGCUUCUCCAGUCCAUUCUCAGGUCUCUGUCGCCGUCGCGGUGAGCAACGCCAUCCUCUUCUUGCACUUCUGUUCGCAGCCUUCACCAGAACUCUUCUGUAGCUCCAAGAAAUGGCGGGAGGAAGAACAAAACUAUGAAAGGAAAACCACCAGAAGUUGCCUGACUUUGUGGAAUAACGUAGCAACUGGGUUUUCGAUAAAUGAUUAGUGUACAGAAUUGUGUUCCUAUCUGACUCAGAUUAAAGAUGAAUCCAGGCGCUGUAUAUGCAAUUUCGAGCUCCAUGGUUAUGCCUGCUAGGCCAAAUUGGUUGCCACCGUCCCACAUCUCUACAAUUUCAAGUUGCGAGUUUCGAAUCCGUUGCAGUAUCUCGGGUAGAGUUGAUUCUGGAGCUGAUCAGAGUAGGAAAAUAACCAAGAAAGUGAAGAACAGAGAUCAACAGCUGUGGAAGAAGAGGGAUUCGGCUGGAUCCGGAACAAAGGCUCUCAAUCUUGUUAGAAUUGUUUCCGAACUUCCCAAUGAGAAAGAGGCUGUUUAUGGAGCAUUGGAUAAGUGGACAGCUUGGGAGACGGAGUUCCCCCUAAUUGCAGCUGCUAAAGCUUUACAGAUACUGAGGAAGAAGGCUCAGUGGCAGCGUGUAAUUCAAGUUGCCAAGUGGAUGUUGAGCAAGGGUCAAGGAGACACAAUGGGAACGUACGACACCCUUCUGCUGGCGUUCGACAUGGAUGGCAGAGUCGAUGAAGCAGAAACACUAUGGGGCAUGGUAUUGCAUAUACACCAGCGCUCGAUUCCAAAACGCUUGUUUGCGAGGAUGAUUUCUCUAUAUGAUCACCACGAUAAGCAAAAUGGGAUGAUAGAGGUGUUUGCGGAUAUGGAGGAGCUGGGCAUACGGCCUGAUGAAGAUACAGUAAGGAAAGUGGCUCGUGCCUUCAAGAUGUUAGGGGACAAAGAGAAGCAGAAGUUGGUUCUGCAAAGAUACCUGCCUGACUGGAAGUACAUCCACUUCAAUGGUGAGAGGGUUCGAGUGAGAAGAAACAAAUGUCCUGGAGACUAAUAUGUAUUAUAUAUUAGAUCCUUUACUUUUUCAAGUUCUUGGCUGAAAAUGUCUGAUCAAGUCCUAUGGCCUUUCGCAUGUGCUCUUUCAAGAACAAAAUCGACUCUCUAUCACUCUGUUUACGUACAUAACAAAAAGCUUCGACAACAUAUUUGGCCUCACUCCCGUACAUAUGAGAUGC